GGCGGCAAGGUCGCGGUCGCUGACCUCUGCCUGCGCGUGGAGCGCGGCGAGUGCUUUGGCUUCCUCGGCACCAACGGCGCGGGCAAGUCGACCACCUUUGCGAUGCUGACGGGCGCCACCGCGCCCACCUCGGGCGACGCGCUCCUCCACGGGCUCUCCUCGCGCCACGAGCAGCCGCAGAUCCGACGCCAGCUCGGCUACUGCCCGCAGCACGACGCGCUGCUGGCGCUGCUGACGGCGCGCGAGACGCUGCGCCUGUACGCGCGCAUCAAGAGGGUGCCGCCCGCCGCGAUCGAGGCCACGGUGGAGUCGCUCCUCCUCGACCUCGACCUCGCGAGGUUCAGCGACAAGCCCGCCGGCCAGCUGUCCGGCGGCAACAAGCGCAAGCUCUGCAUCACCCGAGAUCACCCGAGACUAGGCAUCGCGCUCGUGGGCGCGCCGUCCCUCGUGCUGCUCGACGAGCCGUCGUCGGGGAUGGACGCCGCCUCGAAGCGCUUCCUCUGGGCGGCCAUCAAGCGGCGCACCCUCGAGUGCUGCACCGUGCUCACCUCGCACUCGAUGGAGGAAUGCGAGGCGCUGUGCGGCCGCAUCGGGGUCAUGGUCGGCGGUAAGCUGCGCUGCAUCGGGCCGAUCCAGGCGCUCAAGUCGCGCUUCGGC